UCACAACGCAUCCAAAUUAGAACGCGUCGAAAUUACUACGCAUGGAAAUUAAAACGCGCGGAAAUCGCAACGCAUCCAAAUUAGAAUGCAUCAAAAUUACAACACGUCAAAAUUACAAUGCGUUGAAGUCACAACGCGUCGAAAUUGCAACGCCUCGGAAAUGCAACCUACCGACAGCGCAACGCGCCAAUAAUACAACCCAUGGUUAUACACCUUAUCACAAAUCUGAUAACCCGUCUCCUACGAUCUUCUAGAGCGUCACUAAUGCGUCUAAAAUCCGGCAAAAAAAUGGCAAUAUAACGGGAGUCUGUCCCAAAAGUGCUGCUAAACUAUCUCUUGAACGUUUCAUAAAUAAUAUAGCUCGUCCCCCAUAAUCCAGAUGCAGCAUGCAAUUAGAAAACUAGCUGGUUCUGUCUUCAAUCGGAUCAAAGGUCCCACGAUUUGAUCUCCUCGCUAAUUACAACCUAAGACUUGACAUGUGUUCAAAACAUCGGUAUAAAUCAAGUAAUCUGCCUCUAAUUUUCUACUGCUUAAACGAGAUCGAUUUAUCGAUCGUAACUUUCCCUUCUCACGACUAUCGAUCGAACAGGUUCCGAUCGAGUGUCCUAUUCAAACGAGGCUCAUUAACGUUUCUGGUUCGAGGAACCCAUUUUUUUCUUCAUUACCGAGAUGGAACUAUCGAUGUCUUCCUUUAGAAAAAAUAUAACCAAGCGUUCCAGCAGAUUGUUAUUCAGGCGUUAUGCUAAUCACGACGCAACGAGCCGAGGAUACCGUUGCGAUGCUUCUGCAAUCUAUCAGUCUGCUCUGCGGAGCGUACAGUUGUGACAUUGUCGCAUUUAUUUUGGACGAAUUCUCAUCUUAAGUCGAUGGCUGACUAACGGAGUUAUCGGUUCCGGGAUGCAGCUACUUCGGCAGUUCCGUAACCGUUACGUUCUCGAGAUCGAUAAAGUAAUCAGAGUGUUGAAAAUUAUCGGUUUCGCUUGUACUGUUUUGUUGUAUCGCUAAACACGUGAAGUAUGUUUGAUGAAAUUCCUGAUAAUAUGUGACGAUUAUUUAUGACGAAUAUAUUCGUACGGGUUGUUUGGAUUUAUGGGUGUCGACUACUGUUGUUGUUAAACAGCAAGGUGCAACUAUCAGUCACUUUUUUCAUUUACUAUACUUAACCCCUUGCUGUACUUUGACAUGUCUCAAUCGUUAUGCACUCACAGUUCAAAUAUGACAAACUUUACCCAUAUUUUUAAUACACUUCAACUUGAAAUUUAGGUCCAGGUAUAAUUUGUGUAGUCAAGCAUCUAUCUAUGUUAGAACAUAGCUCAGAACAAUAUAUGUUAGUAUGAUCAACUGUCUCGAAGUUCGAAAAGGAGAGCCCGCGGCGGCGCAAGAGUGGCCAACGCCUCUCGACGAGUCCGCGGAUGAGAAGAACGAUGCUGAAAUCUUUCGAGCGGUCGUCGAAUCCAUGAGAGAAUGGUCGUUGCACAAGAAAUUGCAUCAAAGGACAAAGAGAGAGGUGUCGAAAGUCUGCUACGAAGAUGUCGGCUGUUUCGAGGACACGGGACCCUUCAGCUACUUGGAGAUGCUACCGUCGCCACCCAAAGAUGUCGGCACAAGAUUUCUGGUAUACGGUAGCAGAAAAGCGAGGUCGAUUCCGAUGGAAGUUCCCGCCGAUGAUAUAAACGAUAAUGCGCAUCGUGCCAUAGAUCCUGAUCUACCUACCAAAGUGAUUGUACACGGUUUUGGAUCCAGCUGCGAUCACGUAUGGGUUUACGAAAUGAGAUCCGCGCUAAUGACCGUGCACGAGUGUAAUAUAGUGUGCGUCGAUUGGGGUCCAGGAAGUGCAGUUCCUAACUACGUAAGAGCGGCGGCCAAUACUCGUUUGGUCGGCAGACAAUUAGCGAAACUAAUUAGAAGUUUGAACGUACCUUUGGAGAAGGUUCAUCUGAUUGGGUUCAGCUUGGGCGCCCACGUGGCUGGAUUCGCUGGUGCCGAAUUGGGAAACGUCUCCAGGAUCACAGGUUUGGAUCCUGCGGGACCCCUCUUCGAAUCCCAAGAUCCACGGGCUCGAUUAGACCAGACGGAUGCCAACUUCGUCGACGUGAUUCACAGCAACGGUGAACAACUGUUGCUGGGUGGUUUGGGUUCCUGGCAACCCAUGGGCGACGUGGACUUUUAUCCUAACGGUGGCAGAAUGCAGACAGGGUGCUCCAAUUUGUUCCUUGGCGCUGUUUCAGACAUCAUUUGGUCGAGCGCCGUCGAGGGCAGGUCGCUGUGCAACCACAGGCGAGCGUACAAGCUCUUCACCGACUCGGUCAGCCCCAAAUGUCGCUUCCCGGCGUUUCCAUGUGAGCAUGGCUACGAUGGUCUUCUACGAGGCGACUGUUUCCCUUGCGGAGCGAACAAUAUGGGGAAACCGUGUGGUGACAUGGGUUACUACAGUGAUGAGUCGCCAGCGAGGGGUCAACUGUAUCUGGUGACCAGGGACGAGGAACCCUUCUGCGCGCAUCAGUACCAGGUGAAGGUGUACAACAGCCGUCGCGAACGACCCACCAGAAGUUAUGGCAAGUUGCAAGUGACUUUGGUCGGAGAUGGCUCCUUUAACGACAGCUUUGCGAUGACGCGCAAGGACGAGGAACUUCUGGUGGGGUCCGUUCUUCAGAAGAUCGUUGUUCCGCACCCUGCGAUAUCGGGUCUGGAAGCUAUCGAGAUCAAGUACACAGCGUACAGCGGUUGGAUAUCAUCAGGCCUAGUGUCUUGGAGCAUCGACAAGGUGGCCAUAAUCGACAGCUUCGGCAAAACGCUAUCCGUCUGCAGGAAGGGCUUGACGUUAGAGUCCGGCAAGCCCAUAUUCCUCCCCCUGUUCGCCGGGGAAUGCAACAUACCCACCGAAAGCGAAAAUUCGACGUCGCCUGUAGGACGACUGCUGCAGGAGAAGCAGGGAGGCAUCGGUCCGUUCACCAAAGAGCACAAUUACGAUCCGAAAGACAGCUUCUCGGUAGAAACCUUCUCAAACGAGCGUACCUCGUCGGUGUCCUCGUCGAAGGGUUUAGGUCCGUACACCAAGGAGCAGAAUCUGCGGAUAAUCGAACGGAAGGAGAGCUUCAAGAACUUCGAGGAGAACGGUAACCGCCGCAGCACCUCGAAUCCUUGGAACAUCGUCGACAUAUCUGCGGACGGGGACUCGAAUUCUUUGGAGAACUCUGAUGCGGAGAAGGGUAGAGGGUUCUCUGGAUCCAACUUCUUCACCAAAGCUCCCUCUUCCGAUCCUUCCGUCGAAUCAACCACGGAGUACUUGCCGGAGAUCCGCGAACCGGUGCUGCAGGUGAACAAGAAGGAAGCAGGGAGGUCCUUGAAGUUCCCCGAAAUAACAGAGCCGAUUCUAAGGCCGCGCUCCGCUAGGCAGAACACGAGGAACGAGGUCCACGUCCGGGAGAAGCAGAAGGACGAGAUUCAGGAGACCUCUUCGACCUCCAGAGCGUUCACGGUGCAGUUCCUGCCGGAGAGGCUCGCUGGAAUCCUGGCGCAGGCUGAGAGGUACGCCAGGCAGACUCUUCUUCCUUUGAUCUCGCAGUACACCCCUAGCUUCGUGACCGGGUCACGCUACGAGGAGCCCAAGUACUUUCCACCCCUCGGCGAGAUCGCUUCGGAGGACAGGGAGGAAACCACCGUAAACAAGGACCAGGAGUUCGACUCGCAGACCGACUCCAACGAAGCCAAACACGAGGACUCCGACGAAGGAGUAUCCGCGAUUGUCGAGGAGGUUCACAAUGGCGGAUCGAACUCCUCGAAGAACGAGUGGGUGCCCAUAGAACCGGUGUCUUCUAGGAAAGAUCAUAACGUCUCCAGGUCCCUCAACUGGGGCCACGAGAAAUACAACUGGUCCACUCACUCAGAGAGCAGCUUCGAAACCAACAUCGACGACUGGGUGCCCAUCACCAAGAAGGACAAUUCUGAACCUUCGAAUAACUCGAACGAAGUUUCCGCCAACGACAGGGAUGUUCAAGAAUCUGUAACGGAAAGUCUUAGGAACGAGACGAACGAAGACAAGGACGAGAGGAAGUUCAUACCUCUGUUUGACCCAGAUGAAUCAUCCACUUCGGACGACUCUGAAACUCGCUCGAGCACUUACUCUCACAUUCAGAAGAUUCCGAGACCUGCGGGGAGGAACGCUAGUGGAAAUUUGACGAGGAGCAUGGUAUUCCCGUAUGCGUACGAGAGGAAGAAGGAUCCUAGGACUAGGUACAUUCCUCUGAUACCUGAGGAGGAUCUGGGGAGGUCUCGCUUCGUAUUUGAUAGGGAACGAUGAACUGAAACUAUUGCGUAGAAUUUGCGAUCGUGGUAAAUGUGGUCUGUCGUCAAAAGGGGGUUGUGUUCUUGAAAGUUCGGAAAUAGUGAGGGACGUGGAUCUUUGUCUUUCGACUUCUCAUUAUUAGCAUUCGAAGAAUUCAUCAUGACAUUAAUUUAAUCAGGAUACCACGAAAAUUUAUUAUCGUAAUGGCAAUCGUGUUGUAUUUAAAUUUGAGGGUCUGAAUGUGGUAAAAUUUAGAAUCUUGAAAUCUGAUAAUUUACAUGUUUGGAAAUUUGGAAAUUUGAAGACCCUCAUGUUACACUUAAUUAAGAGAUGGAUCCCACUUGAAUCGAAUGGGAAUAAUUGAACGAUCCCUAAUUUGAAGACAGACCAUUUGUUGAAACGUUGAUUAAUUUAAUGCCAGUAUGUGCAGUCCGCAUCUGUAACAUCGGGGAAUGAACGGCUUCAACGAAGAAAGCUUUAAUGUUUGGUAAAAAUUGGAGCCUUAACUUUAUUUUUGUAUAUAGGAAUUUUUUUACAAUAUACACAUAUAUAUGUAUAUACAUACAUACAUAUAUAUGUAUAUAGCUUCGCUGAAAUCUGUUAUCUUUCACAUUCGUUACCGUUAUUAAUUCUUAGUUAUUAGAAUUGUUAUUAUCAUCAUCAUCAUCUCGUAAUAGGUUCCCCAUCGCGUUUUAUUUAUGCCGAACGGACGAUCAUAAGUGCGAAAUCCCACAUUUUUGUUUCUUUUGUAUAUAAUGACCCAAUGAUUCUCGAGGAAUCGCGAAGAAUCGCUGAAAUAGUAUUAUAACUUUUCCCUUCGUUAAUUAAUGUAUGUACAGCUAAAAUGUCCGCGGGAGCCGCAAUUGUUCGCGGCUCACGGAGGACCGGAUAGUCAAAAACGUAUGGAAGAGACGAUUUUAAAUGGACUUCUAUCGUGUAUCUAUAAUAUACCUGUUGUUUUUACUUAAAAUAAAUAACCCUCUUUUAAGAAGAAAAAUGCGCCUUACAAGUCCGAUGUACCUCAUUUUUUUGUUCUUUUUUUCUUUUUUUAAUCACUCACACUCUUUCACACGCUCUAUGCCUUUCUCUUCUCUCUCUCGAUCCUUCACGAGUAACAAACUUAUUUCAGGAUAUGCCCACUCCUGAUAUGUUCGACUAUUAAAAAUAACUCGAUUCGCAGUCCUCGCUUCAACGUUUCUUCAGGUACCGAUUGACGCGUCGAAACAGAACGCAUCGUUCCACGUGGGGUCGACUCGAUGCAAACGCAAACGUAAUUUUCAUUUCGCGGACAAAACUCUUUAUUUCUAUUCACUUAUUACAAUUACGUGCUGUACUGUUACGCUUUCGUAUUUCAUAAAGACAAGUCGUAAUAGCAAUGCUUUGUUGGUUCAAGAAAUUACUUUCUUCUAACUUCUUCUGUCUCAAACAAUUGCCUUUAGUCUAUGUUUACAAUCUUUAUUGCUGUCAAUUUUUGUUAAAGUUAAAAUAAAAUUCUUUUUCCUUGAGAUUGUUCAUAAU